AUGCUUUUGUGUAACUGGAACAAUUCUACUUUUGGUAAGGAGCUAGCUCCUGGCAUUUCACGCACAGUGCUUUCUAACGUCCAGUCUGAUGUGCCAUAUCCAGUCAGCAACCCUCAAAAAAACUAUAAUGGCAAACUCCAGGUAUCUGUGAAGCCUGGUCUGGUUUUCUUCUUCCAAGGGGUUGUUCCUUCAGAUUUCAAUUGCUUUGCAAUAAAUUUCGUGGUGGGGAGCGACAUUGCUUUUCACUUCCUAGCACAACCGUCCAGAAUGACCUAUAACAGCUGCAGGAGUGGGAAUUGGGAAAACGCAAUACAAAUUCAAGGAAGCCCAUUUGUCAAAGGAUCAGCCUUUGAUAUCUUGUUCAUCAUUAAUUCAGCAGGAUAUGAGAUAAUUGUCAAUGGCUUGCCAUUCUCUACAUUCGCCCACCGUAUGCCAGUAGAGAAAGUGAAUUCCAUUCAGAUCACUGUAGAUGUCUUCAUAAACAACUUUUCCAUCAUUGACGUGGACAAGGUUAACAUAAAAGCAAAGAUUCCUGCAAAUGUUUGA